UUCCUGCAUAGGCCAGCGGCCGGAUGCCUGGGCCCAUUGGGCUGGCCAGCGGCCGCCUGCGGGAUGAGCAGACUGCUGGGGGGGACGCUGGAGCGCGUCUGCAAGGCUGUGCUCCUUCUCUGCCUGCUGCAUUUCCUCGUGGCUGUUAUCCUCUACUUUGAUGUCUAUGCCCAGCAUCUGGCCUUCUUCAGCCGCUUCAGUGCCCGUGGCCCUGCCCGUGUCCUCCAUCCGGCAGCCAGCAGCAGCACCAACUGCUCUCGGCCCAACGCCACUGCCCCCAGUUCUGGGCUCCCCGAGGUCCCCAGUGCCCCACCUGGCCCCACAGCUCCUGUCCUGCCUCCCUGUCCUGACUCUCCACCUGGUCUUGUAGGUCGACUGCUCAUUGAGUUCACCUCACCCAUGCCCCUGGAGCGGGUACAGAGGGAGAACCCAGGCGUGCUCCUGGGUGGCCGCUAUACACCGCCUGACUGCACCCCAGCCCAGACAGUGGCAGUCAUCAUCCCCUUUAGACACCGGGAGCAUCACCUACGCUACUGGCUCCACUAUCUGCACCCCAUCUUGAGGCGGCAGCGGCUGCGCUACGGCAUCUAUGUCAUCAACCAGCAUGGUGAGGACACCUUCAACCGAGCAAAGCUGCUCAACAUAGGCUUCCUGGAGGCAUUGAAGGAAGAUGCUGCCUAUGACUGCUUUAUCUUCAGUGAUGUGGACCUGGUCCCCAUGGAUGACCGCAAUCUGUACCGCUGUGGUGACCAGCCCCGCCACUUUGCCAUUGCCAUGGACAAGUUUGGCUUCCGGCUGCCCUAUGCCGGCUACUUCGGAGGUGUCUCAGGCCUGAGUAAGGCCCAGUUUCUGAAAAUCAAUGGCUUCCCCAAUGAGUACUGGGGCUGGGGUGGUGAGGAUGACGACAUCUUCAACCGGAUCUCCCUUACUGGGAUGAAGAUCUCACGCCCAGACAUCCGAAUAGGCCGCUACCGCAUGAUCAAGCACGACCGGGACAAGCAUAACGAGCCCAACCCUCAGAGGUUUACCAAGAUUCAAAACACGAAGCUGACCAUGAAGCGGGACGGCAUUGGGUCAGUGCGGUACCAGGUCUUGGAGGUGUCUCGGCAGCCACUCUUCACCAACAUCACAGUGGACAUUGGGCGGCCCCCAUCGUGGCCCCCUCGGGGCUGACACUAAUGGACUGCGGUGCUUGGUGCCAAGGAUUGCCCGUCAGAGGACUGACUUACAGCCUGGCUGGCGCUGCUCUGGGAGCCCACUGAGACUGGGCUGUUUUCUGAGGGUCUUCAGUAGACCUGCCAGCUGCACCUAGAAGUUUCAGAACCCACUUUGAGGGGCUUGUGGCCUAAGCAGGCCCCUCUGGUGUGGCCCUCUGGGAUCAACCCUUCUUCCUACCCUAAUUCCCCUAGCCCAGUCCCCCUCACUGUCAGGGUCGGGCCAGCCCCUGCACUGCCUCGCGAAGUGGCUUGGACUAGGUCACUCCACCUCUCUGUGCCUCAGUUUCCCCCCCUUGAGUCCCCUAGGGCCUGGAAGGUUGGGAGGUAUGACUAGGGGGCAGUGUCUCUUCCAGGGGGAAUUCUCAGACCGGGGGAUUCCCCCAUGCUCCCAGGGGAGGGGAAACCUUUUUCAUUCCGCAUUGUAAGGGGCAAUCUUGGUGCGACCCCUGCUGAGGAGCAGCCCCAGAAGGGGACCAGAGCGGGUGCUGUGUUGCUGCCUGGGAUCUUGGGGUUGGCCUUUGCAUGGGGGUAGGGUGGGGGGUUGGAUCAGUCUGUCUAAUCCCCACCUCCCUGUCUCAGAGGAGGCAGAAGCCCCAGGGCCGGCUCUUGUUUGUACAUUGCACAGAAACUCGUGUGGGUGCUUUAGUAAAAAACGUGAAUGGAGCAGGUCCCUGUGUGUAUUCGUAGAUGAGGAUCCUGAACCUGCUUUGCAACACAGUAGGAGGACAACUGACCAGAUCUGUCCGGGGUUUCUCCAAGCUCUGGGCUACCCUAGGGGCAAAAGUUUACUUUGGGGCCCC